AUGGAGCUGCUCCAGAAGCUCUCCUCUGCGCUCGGCAUCCCGGAGAAGAUCGGCACCGCGGUCUUCAACAUCCUCUACUCAACGGGGGCCCGCCUGCGGAACGUCGAGGAGGAGGCCGGGAGGCUGCGGCGUACGGAGAAGCGCAUACGCACGCUGCUCAUGGACGCCGAGCAGCGUCGAUUCGUCGACCACGACUCCGUCAAGCUCUGGCUCCGGGAGCUCAGAGCCGCCGCCUUCGACGUCGACGCCCUGCUCGAUCACCUCAACACCAUGACCGCCGAGUCCAGGAUGGCGGCCGCCGCGGAGGCGUCACGGAAGCGGAAGCGGUCCUGGCCCAACGUCGAGCUCAGCCUGCGGCAGCGGUGGGAGCUGGACGGUAAGAUCACCAAGAUCAACGAAUAUCUCGACGAGAUCAACAAGGGCAGGGAAAAUUACAGGUUCCAGCACGGGGACGCAAGCAGGACGGCCCAACCAACGCAGCGCCCAAGGUAUCUUGAAGCUGCUGCGCAUCACGACGAGAUACCCAUAGGCCGCAUCGAGGAGAAGGAGAAGAUCGUUCGUGCUCUUGUUUCUAACACUGGCAUGGACGUUCCUGUGAUUUCCAUCUGGGGUACACCGGGGAUUGGCAAGACGGCACUGGCACAGUUGGUCUAUGGCGAUCCGGAGGUACAUAAAUUCUUUACUGACAAGAUUUGGGUUUGGUUACCGGAUGUGUGUGAUGCGAGGGUAGCCACUAAGAAGAUCAUUGAAGCUCUGACCAGUCAAAAAUGUGAGCUUUUGAGCUUGGACAUAUUGCAGCAACGGCUGCUUGAGCUCCUGAGGAAAAGGAUGUUCUUGCUGGUGAUUGAUAACCUUUGGGCAGAGGGCUUUCAGUUCUGGGAAUCACUGCGGCCCUCAUUGAUUGCUGGGGAGAAAGGAAGCAAGGUUAUGAUCACUACUCAAGACGAAAGGGCUUCAAGGACGAUGUCCAGUAUUCUUAACAUCAAUUUAAAAGGUUUGGAGGCAGAAGAAUGCUGGCAAAUCCUUAAAGCCUAUGCGUUCUCAGGGCGGAGCAGCAGAGAUCAGCAUGAUAUGGAGUUGAUUGGGAGGAGAAUUGCCGGAAACUGCCAAGGUUCGCCAUUAGCAGCCAAGUCUCUCGGGGUGCUUUUGUCUGAGUCUAAUGGACAGAGAGAACAAUGGGAAAACAUACUAAGUGAAAUGCAGAUUCUUGAAGAAGACAAAAACACAAACACUAUCUUACCAAGUUUGCUCAUAAGUUAUCAGCACUUGCCGUAUCAUCUCAAACAGUAUUUUGCCUUUUGUUCUACAAUUCUUCUCGGUGUUGAAUUUGAGAAGGAUGAGCUGGUCAGAUUAUGGAUGGCUGAUGGUCUUGUUAAGAGCAAUGGAAGGAGAAGGAUCGAGAUGGAAGCAGGCAGAUGCUUUGAUGAGCUCCUAUGGAGGUCAUUCUUUGAAACUUCCCACAUCUUCCCUAAUCAGAAGUUCAGAGUGCCAAAUUUGAUGCUUGAUCUAGCACGACGUGUUUCUAAAUAUGAGUCCCUGACUCUCGACCCGGACAACUCACAGGUUGCUGACCAUCCUGAGUGGGUUCGCUAUGCAACCAUCUUGUGCCCAAAAGAUGAACCUCUUGCAUUCGACAAGAUUUAUCACUUUGAAAAUUUGAGGCUCUUGAAAUUAUGCCCCACAAUGAAACUGCCAUCGAAGCAGGUUCCAUCAGCACUUUUCUCAAAAUUAACUUGUCUGCGUGCACUAGAUCUGAGUUACACUAAGCUAGAUGUCUUGCCAGAUUCCAUUGGGUGCUCAAGACACCUCAGAUACCUCAGCCUUCAGAAUACUUUGAUAAAGACUCUUCCAGAAGCAGUCUGCAAUCUAUUCAAUUUGCAGACACUUGACCUCAGGGACUGCUACGGGCUCAUGGAUUUACCUGAAGGCAUGAGUCGCUUAGUUAACAUGCGGCACCUCUGUUUAAAUCUUGAUUGGGAUAAAGUUACUGCUUUCAGUUCAAUGCCUAGCGGCAUUGACAAGUUACAAUCACUUCAGACUCUUUCAAGAUUUGUUGUAGUCACCAGAGAUGGAGGCAAGUGCAACAUUAAUGAGUUGAAGAACUUGAAGAUCCGUGGAGAGCUUUGCAUUCUCAAAUUGGAAGCCGCCACUGAUGAUGGUGCCAUGGAGGCUAAUUUGAGUGGAAAGGAGUAUUUGCACAAAUUGUUGCUUAAAUGGAGUGAUGACACCUGCACGGAUGAGCAGCAGCUACGCAUAAUGGAGAGCGAGAGAGUCAUUGAGGCACUCUGUCCAUAUACCAACCUCAAUCAUCUACGCAUCGAUAACUACCCUGGAAGAAUACUACCUUCUUGGGUAGAGAAGCUCUCGUCUCUGGAGUCUUUGGAUAUAAUUUCUUGCCCCAGGCUCACUCAAUUUUCUGUGCAGACACUGAGGUCUCUCAGAGAUUUCAGGAUUCGUCAAUGUGCUGAUCUUGCGGUUCUUCCCCAAGGCUUAUGUAACCUAGAGACCCUUCGUUGUCUGGAAAUCGAUGGUGCUCCGAAUCUGAGAGUAAGUACAGUGGACAUAUUGCCAAGAAACGUGUCUCAAUUGGCCGUAAGUGGAUGCGACGCCCUGGAGAGAUGGUGCCUGCAAGAAGGCGCCGAUAGAGUGCAGCAGAUCCCUGAUAAAAGGAUUCAAUUUAGUCAUUGGUGA